AAUGAGUAUUUUGAAACAAAUAUCUGACUCAAAUGAAUAGAAUAGAGAUCUCCAUCCCAAUGGUCCGAGAUUGAAAUUUGAUUAAGAUCAAUUACAAAAAUUCCAAUUCUAAUAAAUAGACUCCAACUCAUCUUUGCCUCCAAAUAAAAUGAAAAAUACUACUCAUUGCGAGUCCACAAUUCUCAAAUAAGAAAUAAGCAAAUAGGUAUUCAUUCCUUCUCUUCUUUAUACAGUUGACAAGAAAAAGAAGAUCUGAAUUUAAGAUUGGUUUAUAUCGAACAAGUUUCCUGAGGACAAUUAAUAGAAAUUCCCUUGUUUAAAAGUUCAAAAACAUUCUCCUCAUGCGUUCUUAUGUGUUGAGUAAAGAAAAUAAGUAUCUUUUACAUCAAGAUUGGUGGCAAAGACAAACUAAAAGUAAAAAUGCAUCAUAAUUUAAGGAAAUCAAUAUACUCACAGUCGCAUCCCAUUCAUUAUCUCAGGUAGUCAUGUUUCAAUCAUCUUAACCAUAUGGUCCCUCUUCAUUCAGAUAGUCACUUUAUGGAUUACACCUUUUAUGAUCUCAUUUUAAUAGGAAACUUCAAUUUUCUAAGUCCUCUUUAUUAUUAUUAUAUUUUAAGUCUUUUUUGAUGUUUUUAUCAAAAUCAAUAGUCCAUUAAUCGUAAAUGGAGAAACCAUAUAUGAUAAGACUGAAAGAAUUAAAGACUUCCUAAAAAAGAACCUAUUCGAAGAUCUAAUAUAUAUCUUCACCCUAAUCAUUUCAUUUUUCCCAAUUUUCGAUAACAUUCAGUGGCAAGGCGCCUUUUGUAUCAUUAUCAUUUUCAUCUCUUACAAAAAACUCAAUCAAAAUUAUGAAAGCCUGUAUGAAAUUCUUUACUUGAAGGGACAAUACCAUUACGCUAUUGAUGUCAUAUAACUCACAAUUUUGAUCUUUUCAUAUGCCCAUGUCAUGGCAUGUAUUUGGCAUUACGUAGGUGAGAUAACCAUAGAACAAGGUCAAUCUUGGUUGAUUUAACGGAACCUGUAAAAUGGGGCAAUCUGGGAGAAGUAUAACACUUCAUUUUAUUGGGCAACCAUGACUAUGUCUACUGUAGGCUAUGGAGACAUAACACCUACUAAUCAAUUCGAAACCUUGGCUGCUAAUUUGAUGAUGAUUCUCUCCAGUUGUAUGUUCGGUUAUUCAAUUAGUCAAAUUGGAAUGAUACUCAAGAGUCAAUAUGAAGUCUAGUAAAAAUAUAAGUAAUUAUUCUAUUUCUAUCUUUUAGGCGAUCUAUUAUAAUUAUGAAUGCCUUUAUGAAAAAUAGUUAAGUGGAUUUGUAAAUUCAGAGCAGAAUCAGAAACUAUCUCAAAUAUCAAUGUGAAAAUGAAGCCAAUGAGAAUAAGGAUGACAUCAAUAAAAUUAAAGCUGAUCUGCCUAUUGGCUUAAAACAGGAACUCGUCUAAGAUGUUUAGAUGAAUAUUAUGAAGAAAAUUAAGAUUCUAAAUAACCAGUUCUCUUAAUCAACCCUCAAACAACUUUCUCAGUAUUUGAUAGAAUUUAAAUUUACUCCAGGAGAUGUCAUAUAUCACAGAAAUGAUCUAAAUGAUCAAAGCCUCUAUUAUAUACAAGAAGGGAUUGUUAAUAUUUAUGAGGAAAAUAGUCAAAAACUAUUAUAAUCAUUAAAAGCUGGGGAAACAUUUGGCGAAUAUUAAUUCUUUUCUGGAUUUUAAUCAAAAACAUCAGUUAAAAGCCAAGGUUUUACCAAAAUAUUUAAGAUUAAUCGUUCAUCGUUAUUGUAGUUAUUAAACUAAAAUUCUAAAGAUUUUCAAAGGUUUCAUCAUAUUAAAGACAAUAUAAUUUUUAAUUAGAAUUUCUAAAUUGUUUAAAAAUGCUGUAAUUAUUGUAAAAUGGCUGAUCAUCUAAAUAUUGAUUGUCCACUUCUGUCAUACAAGCCAGAUAUCCUGUAGAGAAUCAAGAAAGCUGAUUUAAGACCAUCUACAUAAUAAAGGCAUUUUAUACAGAGAAACAAUGAGAAAGUGCGAUGUUUAAUGAUGCAUUCAGCAAUUAAAGACACAGUUGAAGAAUACAAAGCAAACCUUUCUAAUACUUAACUUGAUGACGUUGACAUGAAGUUAUUUUCGACUUAUGCUACAAAAGAUUUCAGUAGUCAUGGUUAAAAAGAAUCCCUAUUAGAUAAGCAAUUAACUAGACCUCCUCCAGUUCCACCUUUAAAAAAAAACAGUUCCUUCUUGAUAAGAUAGAGAAAUUAAACUUAACAGAAGAAGGUUGGAAUUUUUUUAAAUCUAAAAUCAGUCUAUAGAGAUUCCGAUAGGCAAUUGAAAUCUGAGUCUGAAGAUGAUCAACUAAAUAAUUCACCCAAAAAUUAAACUUCACAAUAAUUUCAACUUGAUUUUAAUGACUUAUAAAUGAAUUAGUUUGACGAUUAAUUUCAAACAACUAAUUUCAAUAUCGAUAGAUUAAUGAAUUACUUUGGUUAUAUGCCUACGUCCAACGUGAUUUAUGCUUUGAGGAAGUAUGAAAGACUCUUCAAGUAUCCAAAAGUUAAGACAAUUAAUUAUCAUGAGUCAGAACCAAGGAAAUUUAGCAUUCCCUUGUAUUAUAGUAGAAGGGAUUCAAUGAAUGAAUUGUUGAAAGAAAAAUUUUGA